AUGUUUUUCUUUGCAGAAAAUUUUCCAGGUAUUUGGACAACUUUUAACCAGGUUUUUAAGUACUCCGAGAAGGAGGAACAGAAACAGGAAGCGGAAACCUAUAUGAACUUAGCCCAACAACAUCUUUCGCAUCUCUCCAAUUGUCGUGGACUGGGAGAAGAAUCUGUCAGUUCCUCACUAAAAUGUUCCUAUAAUACCAUUAGCUCUCCUUUUCUUCGACUUGCUCCUCUCAAGCUGGAACAGCUGAGCCUUGAUCCCCAAAUCGUACUAUAUCACGAUGUUAUCUACAAGCAAGAGAUUGCGGAUAUUCUACGUCUAACUAAACCGUAUUUUAGACGUGCUCUUGUCGGUUCAGAUGUCGCAAGAUCUGAUGUCCGGCGAGGUUCCAUGAGAGUGGGAUUAGCUCAAAAUGCUUCCUUGUCUAUCGAGCGCCUUAAUCGGAGAUUAAAGGAUAUGUCCGGCUUUGAGUUGAGUUUCAACAAAGAGCUGGAAGUGAUCAAUUAUGGCAUCGGCGGUCAAUACUAUAUGCAUUAUAAAUGUCGCUUCGAAUUGAAUAAGCAGGCUUACUUGGAAAAUAAUAAUCGCAUUGCCACCGUUUUGCUCUACCUAACCGAUGUGCAACUGGGUGGAUUUACCUCCUUUCCUCUGCUGAAUAUGGGCGUGCAACCGAAGAAAGGAGCCGCCCUAAUGUGGCACAAUGUGAACAAUGCGGCAGAAAGCGAUAAGCGGAUGUUGCAUGCCGCCUGUCCGGUGCUACAGGGCAACCGUUGGGUGGCUGCACAAUGGUUCGAAAUGACGAAAUGACGAAACAGCGAAAGACUCUUUGCAACGACAAAAAAUAUGUACGAUAAAAUUUACUUUGAUUACAUUAACAAAAAA